AUGAGAAAGAGCAAGGGCCGGCAAAAGAUCGAGAUGGUGAAGAUGCCUAAUGACAGCAAUCUCCAAGUGACUUUCUCGAAACGCCGGUCUGGACUCUUUAAGAAGGCCAGCGAGCUUUGCACCCUAUGUGGUGCUGAGAUUGGCAUCAUUGUCUUCUCACCAGGUAAGAAGGUCUUCUCUUUUGGCCACCCCUGUGUGGAGACUAUCAUUGAUCGGUUUCUCACCCGAAACCCUCCCCAAAACUCCGGCACGCUCCAGCUUAUUGAAGCACACCGGAACGCCAGCGUUCGGGAGCACAAUGUGCAGCUCACUCAGCUCACAAACCAGCUGGAGGCUGAGAAGAAGCGUGGCGAGGCUCUGAACCGCAUGCGCAAAGCCGGCCAGGCUGAGCACUGGUGGGAGGCACCUAUUGAAGGGCUAGGGCUGCAACAGCUUGAGCAGUUGAAGGGGUCUUUGGAGGAGCUGAAAAAGAACGUGGCUAAGCAGGCUGACAGGCUUUUGAUCCAGAAUUCAAAUCCUCCUCAGUUUUUUGGAGCUGGGAACUCCAACCAUGUGGUUAUUCCCUUUGAUACCACAAUCCCUUAUGACACAAAGAAUGUUGGGUUCAGUGGCAAUGCGAUGCCCCACACAUAUAAUCAUGGAUAUGGACAUGGGUUUUUCUGA